UUUUUAUGUUCUUUUAACAAAGCUCAACGACUAGUGUGUCUCCUAAUUUACACACCUGCCUGUGUAACAACUUUAUUUUCUUACAGGUAGACGUUUUUACUCUGUCUCUCAAUAUUGGUAGAAGAGUUAAACAUAAUAAUAUCUAUCAUUGAGUAUCAUACGGAUCAAAGACUCCAUAGCGUCGGUUUCAUAGUUUAACAUAUCAAACUAUACUACGCUCUAGGAUAGCUUGCCAGAGAUAUUCGGUCAGCAUAAUUAUAGGUGAUAAGUGUCUGACCAAGAGCAGCUGUCAGCUGUUUCUUUUAUAAUGGAUUCAGAACCAGAGAUUCGACCUCUUAAAGAAAAAAUCCAACUCUUUGAAUUAGAAGCACAAAGAGUCCUUGCACCAGAAGGAACGAAAUUCUGGGUCAAUAAACAUUCUUUAGUAUCACCUAAAUUUAAACUAGAAGGCUUAGAACAAGAAACCUCGAUAUACCCAACGCCUACGAACAAACCCACUGAACCAAAAUACUCGAUAUAUCAAACGCCCAGAAACAAACCAGCGUUGAUGUUAUCGUCCCAAAAUGAACCCACUUCUAUGACUAAAUCAACACUAGACAAACCCAAGCCUCUGCCUAAGCCUUUUCAAACUGCGGCCACGUUAGUAGCAUACGAUGUAUCAAACAGGAACACUUCCCCGUGUCACAGAGGCAGCAAACCAGGAGGGUACACAAACAUGAGUGUCUCACAUGAACAAAAAGCCGAACUAGAGUUGGCAAAUCAGAUCGUCAACAAAACCAAGCCUGCUUGUGACUCUCAGGGACAGCAUGCUGCCAAAUACACAAAUUUAAAAGACAACCGUGAUCAUACACAACACACACAGGGACAUAUACAAGAAGUGCAAACAACUUAUCACCAUGAUGAAGUAGUAGGCCAAAGAGACUCAGUUGAUGGUGAAAAUGAAGAUAUUCCCGACUAUGGACAAUACAAAUAUCUAGAUGAUGAGACCAAGAAAAAGCAACGUCUCAACCUAGAAAGAGAAAGCGUGUGUGAAGAAGCCUCAUUAGCUCUUGGUGGAAUCGAGUCUCUUGAAACAAAUGACAACAGUUUGCCCAAGCUAGGAAGUUUCUUUUACAAGAAAGAUGUAGAUCUAAUGAAGAAAAGCAGGCCAGAUGUAGAAGAAGUGACUCCAGCACCUGAGAAAAGAUUCAAUGGAAAUUACCCGGAUCAAAUAGAUCUACUUUUGAUUGGGAAAACUGGACACGGGAAAAGCGCUCUUGGGAACUCUAUACUGAACAGAAACGCCUUUGUGAGUAAGAACAACACAAGCUCAGUCACUAAGACUGUUUCAAGGGAGACUAGCGAGGUGAACGGCAGAAUUGUAACUGUGGUUGAUGGACCUGGAGUCGGAGAUACAGAGUUGGGAGUUGAGCAGGCUCAGAAAUUCAUCAUUGAAGCUUUAUCAAGUGCAGUGGCAGCGAAUCCCAGAGGGUACCACGCCUUUCUGUUAGUCAUCAAACUUGGGGGAAGACUUACCUCUGAAGAAAUAGAUACAAUUGACUUUUUAAAGAAGAUAUUGGGAAAAUGCUUUUUAAGAAAAUUUGGUAUCCUUGUAGUGACCUGCGGUGACCAGUUGGAAAAAGGAACAAAUUUUCAAAAUUGGGUCCUACAACAGACUGGAGUUUUCGUGGAUCUUGUGAAAGAAUGCAACAACAGAAUUAUUUUAUUUGACAAUAAAACUGAAGACAAAGAAGAGAAAGAAAAACAGUUGAACGAUCUAAUGAGAAUCAUCGAUCAUCUUGUCCUGGAGAACUGUCGGUAUUCUAACGAACAGUUUGACCUGGCUCGAUCAACACGAAAUGCAAUCAUCUUAGAAUCAAAGAAGCCGGUCAUAGUGGAGGAGUCGAUGCUUGAGGCCAAUCUAAUAAUGCAGGGAAUUGAAAGUUGCCAGGUUGACGCUACGGACGCCAAAUCCACCAUUCGUUUAAAUGUACUUUUAACACGAGCAAAGGCUUUGCACAAAAAGCUAAUUGCUGAUGAUAAUAGCACGGGGGUUUUGAGAGAAAUGAUUUCACACGUGGAGUCGGUUCAGAAUACAAUCCAAGUUGAAAUACAAUUGUCUCAGAGAUUGUCUGAGAUUUAUAAAAAGAUGGAAGAAAAAGAGUUGCAAUUGCAACGUCAAUAUUCCAGAGACAUACACAACAAAUUUGGUGAAAUUAGCAACAUGUACGAAGAGAAGUGGAGACAGGAAGUGGCAGAGUGUGAGGCCGAGAACAAAUCUCUGAAACAAGAAAAAGACAGACUGCACCAGCAGUUGAAACGUAUUGAAACUUUAAACCGAGAAACGUUCUUGUCCAAAGUUCAGUCUAAGAUCUCUAAAGCAUUUGCAAUGAAAAUCAAAGAAAAACAACAGAAAAAACAAACACAUCGAGAUAUAAUGCUCAACCAUAACUAUGAAGAGGUGGAUAUUUCAAGAAACACCUAAUAAAUUAGCUACGGGGCCAACACAACAAC